CAGAGGAAGUGGGGUGGUGGCAUUGACGUAUCCCAGAAGUUGUAAGAAAUUGCUAGGAAGUAAAAGUUAUGAUGUAAACAUAGUGGUUGAGCAGCACGAUAGGCUGCAGUAGUAAUUCUUUUCAAUUCCAAAAGUAAGAUUAAUACAAUAUUUUUAGCUUUCUGUGUCCACGGGAGAGAAUAUGCAGGGUCUACAGGAUUCUGAGUGGAGGGGCUGCAGGGAGAUCUUGGAGAGCAUGCUGACCGCCGACCUGAUGUCUUUAAAGGAUACCGUUACUGGAGGACUUAUCGUGGUUGAAUCCCGGGAAGAAGCAAUUAACACCAUACUGUGCUACAGUCAGAGUGCAUUAGAGUUGCUGAAGCGAAGGAAGGUCAGCCGUGACAUUAUUUUCUCCUAUCUGGCAAAACAAGGAGUUGUGUUUCCACCUUCCUCCGAAAAGAGUGCACUUGUUCAGAUAGCAUUGGAGUACUGGAAGGAAUCCAAGGUUGCUGUUGAAAAGGUAAACCCAAAAGGCAUUGAUUAUGAAACACUAGGAGAACAUUUCUGCCGGUGGUUCUAUCAACUUUGGAACUCUCAGAAUCCUACAUUGAAUAUGGAGCAGGAGACGUGGGGCCCACAGCACUUCUGGGAAGACACCAAACUUAAUUUUCUUUACUACACGUCAGUGCAAAAUUGUGAGGAAUUCCUUGGUUCUGAAAUAAGCAGCCACCGUUUAUUAUCUUUGGUGAAAGAUGAGCAUCUUUUUUUCAAUCCAAACAUGGAUGGUGGUGGACUGAAAUGUGCUUGUUCUCCAUAUGGACUUGUUGUUGUUGCAGUAGCUGGCACAAUACACAGAGGAACUGUGUGCUUGGGUGUUUUUGAACAGAUCUUUGGACUUAUCCGCGCUCCGCUUGAGGGCAGUAACUGGAAAAUAAAGUUUGUAAAUCUGAACAUCAAAGGACAGAAUGUUCUUGAACAAGUAAAUUCCAGUCUGAAACCUGUAGUGAAGUAUAACAAGAAGGAGCUAGAGGGCUUCUAUAAUGGCAUGUAAAGUCAAAGCUGAAAUUGUUGUUUCCAUAACCAUGCAGACUUCUAGCUGAUGUCAUGUCAAGAAGCUUAACAGGUGACAAAGUGAUACAGCAGAUGUGGUCCAAGCCCCUUGAAGGCUGUAUUCAGACUAAAUUCACUUGGGAAGAACUGCAUAUCACAUGAUAUGCAAAUCAGUAUGGCUAGCACCCAUGUUUAACAUCCCCCUGCACAUAUGAGAGUUGAAUACUUCAGUAGCCUCCUGAUGGAGCCUCAGGGGAGACAAAGCAUUUUCUCCAUUAAUAACUGCUUAAGAUGGCAUCUUUACUAGUAUGUGGUAAAAUGUACCAUUAAUUGAGAUCAGGGUCGAUUUUAGAACUUCUUUGAGUGUAACUAUGGGUAGACAUUCUCUCAGAUUUGAAAUACAGUACAUGAAUCCUCUUGUCGCAAAUGCAAGUGCCUUAAUGAUUUUUUUUUCUCUCAAAGUUUAUGGUUGUGUGCACCAUUACAAGUUCUGCCAGAUACACAGCAAGCAGAGAACAUUUUUCCUAAACAAAAAAAAAAUGUUUUUUUUUUGUUUCAAUGUAUUCAUUCAAAAAAUACAGUGCAACAGAAAACUUUA